UGACCACCACUUCAUUCGGUCCGAACUUAUCGGGUCCGGAUCCGAAUACCUUUUUUCCAAUAAAUACCACAUCUAUUCGCACCUGCAUAAGGUGAAACUUUCGGAUCCUACUGAUUUGUUUGCAGAUAUUUUUGGUUGAAUUUCUUAAAGGUAACUUUCUAUAACUGAAACCAUUGUGGAAGAAGAAGCCUUGUUUGAAAGUAGGGAUGUCGCUGGUUUCACAAAGAAGGUCGAAUCUGAACCCGAACGCACCGUUGUUCAUCCCCGCUGCUGUUCGCCAAGUGGAGGAUUUCUCCCCAGAAUGGUGGCAGCUGGUGAAGACCUCAACUUGGUUUCAUGACUACUGGCUCAGCCAGCAACAGCCGCAGCAGGGGACGGAUGGUUCGUUUGGAAACACAGCAGAUGACUGUGACAUUGUUGACAUGCUACCGGAUUCUAUCGACACUGAUGAAGAUCUGUUAUCCAUGGAAGCACAAUAUGAGCAAUUCCUCCAUUCGUCUUGGAUGGAAAGUGUGAACGCGUUCGGCUCACCUGCGUACCAGCAGAUGCCUUCAAACGGGUUGGGAAUCGAGGCUGAAACACUAAUCAGGAGUUUGAGCUUGUCAAAAGCGACACCCGGGUCACAAGUGGAGAUGGCCAGGUAUGCAGAAAAGCCAGUGAGAUCUUUUAGCCCGAAGAUUCACUCACAACGCAUUCAGCAACCGCGCUGAGCUGAAUGUGAUUAGUUUCUCGGGCCUUGCUUAGCUAUGGGUUCUGUAUGUAUUUACAAAAAGAAAAAGAGAGAAACUGUAGCAACUUUGUUUGUAUGUUGUAAGUUUAUGUAUAGAGCAAGGUCUUAACUUUCUAUGCAUCCUACCA